AUGUCUAUUCGAACAAAUCCCUUUAAAGCAGUGGCUACACUGUUGAAGCACUUGGUGAGAGUAGAAAAAGAAGCCAAAUUGAAUGAUUUGAAGUCUGAGUUGAACAAGAUAAAGGACCUGUUUUUGAAGGUGAAGGACAAUGAAGAAGAACUCCUUGACACGUUAGCGGUUGUGGAUGGCUAUAUUCGCAACAAAAACAUACGCAAGUUGAGGGAAGAGGAGGGACACUUUUGCCAGAAAAUAAGGAAUUCAACUCGAAAGUUGCUGCCAGCUGCUGAUGCUGAAGCUGUUGGGUCAUCAGGGCAAGCAUCUCAGGAUGUCAAGCUACCCCAGAGACCAGAACUCAACACACCACUCCCUUCUUCGACUCCACAACUUGAGAAGGACUUGCAAAUGAUUAAGGACUAUUAUAGCAACCUUGAUCUUUUUGACAGACGUUGGUUCUCAUCUCUCUUGCAGUUUCCUGAAAAUGCUGUUUUGAAGAGAAGGGAAAUCAUUUUCUGGAGCUUUUCGUUGCAGUGGGGUGUGACAGGGGACCUUGGUAGUUAUUUUUGGAAUGCAGAGAAAAGGCUUGAUUCUCUUUUGGAAAGUAAACUAUUUGUACCCCAUGGUAAUGGCAAGUCUCCCAUUGUGAGUAAAUUUAAAAUUAAUCCGUUGGUCCAUCACAAGUCACUAAGUCCAUUGUUUCAAAAUGAGGAAGAGCAGCUUUGUGGUUAUUAUUCACAGAUAAUGACCUCAUCUUCAUCUCAUGGCAGUGAUAUUGGGUUUGAACGUUUAGUACUUGACCAACACAAAAUUAAAAUAAGUGAUGGGUUUGGUUUUAAAUCUAACCCUUGCUAUGGUGUUUAUAAUGUUGGUGCAAGUUAUCUUAAUUUUGGACCCGGAUGGAUGGCUAAAAUGAAGGAUUUGCGGGUGCUUCAACUUGGUCGUUGGAUGCAAGAUUCACCAAAACAUCAUAUUGAAGUGGAAAGUGAAGAAUUCCUCAAGGAGUUGAGUGGUCACAAGAAUUUGAGCUGUCUUAGCCUUCGUGGGAUAUCAAGAAUAUUCGAGCUUCCACCUUCCAUCGUAAAAAUUAGGAGCCUAAAAAUUCUAGAUCUCAAGGCCUGUCACAAUCUAGAAACGCUACCUAGUGAUAUUUCAUCAUUGAGAAAUCUCGUACAAUUGAAUUUGUCUCAAUGCUACUUGUUGGACAAAAUGCCAAAGGGGAUUGAAAACCUGAUUUGGCUUAAGGUACUGAAGGGAUUUGUAUUAGGUAGUUCUAGCAAGACUCCCUGCAGAAUAUCAGAUAUUGCUGCAAAAUUGGAAAGACUAAAGCGACUCAGCAUACGUAUAGGAAGUGGGGCUGUGAUCCAAGGAGAGUUUGAAAGCUUGAGAAAGUUGUCAAAACUUGAGCAUCUCAAAAUAUCAUGGGGUGUAUUUGACACAAGGUACAUUGAUAUUCAGAUCAGUGUGCCUUCAAGUUUGAAAAAGUUGCAUCUUGAAGGCUUUCCUGGCCAAAAUAUUCCAGAAUGGUUGAAGCCUAGCAAACUACCUCAAGAAUUGCAAUUGACACAGCUACAUAUAACAGGAGGAAAACUCAAAAGUUUGGAUCAUGAUAAUUAUCGGAGUGUGGAGAUCGUAUAUCUCAAGUACCUAAAGCAUUUGGAUGUUGACUUGGAACAUUUGCGAAAGUUGUUUCCUUCUCUAAGCGAUUAG